GUCACACUGGCAAUCAGCUGUUUUGGGUGGCAUAUCACAACAACAAAGAAAACUUUACAGAAAAUUGUUUAUUAUUCUGAAAUCCUCGAGGAAAACCUUCAUUUCCAUGGAGGGCCACCUGCGCCUGCACAAGGUCGGCGACUACGCCGCCCCCAGCCUCCAGGAGAAGUCCAGCAAGGGGAGUGGCAACAUGGAGCAGCUCUCCGGCGUGAUGAUAAUUAUCAUCAUCAGUGGCGGCGUACUCACCUGCCUGAUGUUGUUCAUCUUCGCCAAGCGCCAGAUAAUGCGCUUCCAGCUACGAGGACGUCGUGGUCCCCACGUUCCGGUGGGCAACGAUGCCAAGAAGGCGCUGAGGCGCGAGAUUGAGCGGCGGCUGGACUGCAUCCAAAAGAUCACCCAGGAACCAAAGCUACUUUGGACCGAUAGUGACAAGUACAUUGUUCAGCCGGAACCGGAGGCUCCUCCGCCGCCGUACUACUACCGCAUGAAGGCGGUGGACAACGUGAAGCUGCUGGAGUCGGAGAUUGCCCGGGCGGAUGGCAGUUCACGGCAUGCCCCCGAAAGCCUCCGAGCCUUUCUGCUGACCACCCUAUCAGUCACAUUGAACGGAGCCGGACAGCGGAUGAUUCACCAGUACUGCGACAUGUACGAGCACGCCCGCCACGAUCCCAAUGAGUUUGGAAAGGAUGAGUACGAGGCGUAUCACCAUUUGCUGUUGAAGCUCUUAGAGGCCUCCAAGCAGUUAAAGAACUACAAUUCUCGGAAGGCAUCGCCCGCUCGAACCCCUCGUAAGCAGACCAAGAUGCACUCCCUGCUGGAUCCUGCUCGGCUGCGACCGCCCACCACCUUGGAAAAUGUGCAGCCCAGCAGUGAACUCACAACUGGACAGCAUGCCAAGGUCAAUUUGACGCUGGGUCUGCAGGGCGGCGAUGGCGAGGCCGAACUGGCCACCAACCCUCUCCACCUGCAGGCGCCCUCUGAUAGGGAUCUUAUUAUACGCAAUAGAAUUAAAACGCCCACUCUGGAUGACAUUAUUGUGGAGGCUGACCACCACCAGAACAGCGAGGCGGCACCCAUGGAGGACAACGAGAUUAAGAGCAUAUCGUCUAUGCAAUUUCAGCGGAGCUCUAGCAAUGUCUGAACAUGCUUUUAAAGAAUACACCCCGAAGUGGGCUUACCAUUAGUUACCAUUUGUGUAGAUUACUUUCUUCAAUACAAAAUAAAUAUAACGCUUUAAACAUA